UGAGUGAGGAGUGUAAGGCACAGGUCGAAGCACGAUUGGAAUUCAUUCAUGGGUUCCUGUGAUUGAUCCAACGCUCGGAUCCUUUUUUGCUUGCAUCCAUCAAAAGUUAACUGCUGUCGAUCGAAGCAAUUCCGGUUUGUUCGCUGUAGCUUUCGUCUUUAUCCGCUCUGUUUCUUGUUCUACAUUUAAUUUCGUUUCAAGUUUCUCCGCCUGCCAAUUCAAUGACAACCCUGGGUUAUUUGCGCGGUGUCCGAGAAUGGGCUUAUCCUACUCGAACAACAUCAGCCUUCCUCGAGAAAGGCGUGCUUACGCCUGAAGAAUUUGUUGCCGCUGGGGACGAGCUCGUCUUCAAGUGUCCGACAUGGUCUUGGGAGGCUGGGGAUCCUGGAAAAGCGAGGUCUUAUCUACCUAUAGACAAGCAAUUUUUAGUGACUCGAAACGUUCCUUGCCAGAAUCGUGUAGCCUCCAUGGAAAACCAUCUGGCGACGGAAGAAGCGGGCGAUGGCGAAGACUGGUUGGUUUCGCAUGUGAAAAAAGAUACCAACUUGGAAGAUGAGUUUGAUAUUCUUGAUGACGACGGGGAAAUUAUGCAAAAGACGGAACCGGCCAAAGAAAAUGCUGCUGGUGACAACGACGAUGACGAUGAAUAUGCCGACAUGGAUGCAUUUGAAGAUAACAAUGUUUUGCAGGACGAUGCUGCUGCCGCAAAUCCAGUUGUUGCGGAACAAGAGAGCAAUCUAUUGCGAGUUCGCACCUACGACUUGUCCAUCACAUAUGACAAAUACUACCAAACUCCUCGAGUCUGGAUGGUUGGGAAAAGCGCUGAGGGCCAACCACUCUCCGGGAAAGAAAUGAUGGAGGACGUCAUGAGUGACUAUGCCAACCGUACUGUGACAAUAGAAAACCACCCACAUGUGGCUGGGCCCCACGCCAGUAUCCACCCUUGUCAACACGGGAAAGUGAUGAAGACUAUUGUCAAAAACCUCAUUAAAGCAACAGCAGAUGGAGAAGAAGAGAAAGGACCAUCAGUGGAAAUGUACAUUUUCAUCUUCCUAAAGUUUGUUUCCAGUAUUAUCCCGACAAUCAACUACGACUUCACCAUGGACGUGCAAGCUGAUACCUCCAAGUGAGCAGACAUGAGGAGAUGCACUACCGGUACGAUGUACCCGCUCCCUUCCAAUAAGCAGUACUCGAGUAUCGUAUGAAGUAAUCGGUCCCUUUGUCAGCUGUAAUAUUGUACUUAACUAUGCCAAUUCGUCAGAAUGAUACUACUCGGGAGCUCUACUCGGGUAUGCAUAGUAAAUGGAAUCAAUCUACAUGAACUUGCACGGAUGCUUUCGGAAUGGUAAAUUGUGAGUGUUCUGUCCACUUAUUGUGACCACUAUUCUGCAUUCCCACAAAAGAAAGGCAAACCUCGGCCUGGCUACCAAAGCUGAAGCCCCUCGCCGGCUUCUGCUACUAGUAACUUCUCUACUCCAAAAAACCAUCACAAUUAACUAGUCUAGUCUACUAGCUGCAGAGCUACCUAGCUAGCUCGCUAGGUCUAGUGGUAGCGGUA